GCUUUGAGCCCGUUUCAUGUGGCUUUAGGGAAAUUCGGACUAUGCCGCUGACGCACUCCGGAGUCCCACAUCCACUUGGAGAGAAGCAGAGGAACAACUGUCGAAACCAUUCUUGUGUCAAUACCUGAGAUGUCUCUUAAGAUGCCCAACUUGAUUUUGUUUUUAUAUUUACUUCAGGGGCUGAUUCAUUUUAUUAGCGCACAGCAGGCUGCGCCCUGGAGGAACCGUAUCCAGUGGGUGAAUAACGGACAGGUGUUCCGUUUAUUGAGCACCGGUUCGGAGUACCAGGCACCGGUGCCGGCCAGAAGACAAUCCAGAGUUUUUCUGAGCAGCAACAGAAAUGCGGUCCGUGACAGGACAGUGCACAUGCGCAGGGGCACAUCCGAUUCUGCGGCUGCCGCACCCGCCAACAGCGGGACCACCGCGCUUCUGGGGCCGGACAGCAUGCAGUAUAUAGUGGCCAACAGUCGCGCACCUGGUGCCAGGCAAGUGCAGGUGCACCAGAGAGCCAGGGGUCCUCCAGGAACCAGAGCUAACGGCACCGCCCAGCCCGAAUAUUCAGGCGUUGGUGUUACUGGAAGAAAUUUGGCACUGGGAGAAACUGAUGCAAGGAGCGCAUCGCCCGGUGCCAGUGUUCAAUUGGUGUCCAAUGAGAAUUCCAACACUUCUCCAAACUCCGAUUUUGUAAACGAGAUGAGUCUCUCCAGAGUGCCCGUGUCAAACGUCCCGAUGGAGCAAGAAGGAACAUCAGAUGAUCUGGCAGGAGAUGACCCUCGACACAGGAAUACGAUCUUCUACAACAUCUAUCCGUCCAGUGACAGGGCAGUCGCUCUUCGCCGUCCCCCGCCUGGCACCGGGUAUGGUACCAGAUAUUUCCAGAACGGUCUUCCAGACCUUGUGCCAGAUCCGUAUUCCAUCCAGGCGGGCUCUUACAUCCAGCGCGUCCAGAUGUACGCGCUCCGAUGCGCGGCCGAGGAGAACUGCUUAGCGCGAUCAGCAUACAGUCCAACCGUGAGAGACAUUGACUACAGAGUUCUCCUACGGUUCCCACAGAAGGUGAGGAACAUGGGAACAUCUGACUUUCUGCCAGUCAAACCCACACAUGAGUGGGAGUGGCACAGCUGUCACCAACACUAUCACAGCAUGGAUGCGUUCAGCCACUAUGACCUCUUGGACAUCAACACCGGCCUGAAGGUUGCUGAGGGGCACAAAGCGAGUUUCUGUCUAGAGGACACGGGCUGUGAUCCUGGAUUUCACCGGCGAUACGCCUGCACUACUCACACUCAGGGUCUGAGUCCAGGUUGCCAUGAUACAUACGCAGCCAACAUUGACUGCCAGUGGAUUGACAUCACAGACGUCGCUCCUGGAAACUACAUCCUGAAGAUCACGGUCAAUCCAGACUUUUUGGUGCCCGAGUCAGAUUUCUCUAAUAAUGUUGUGCGUUGUGAAAUCAUUUACACUGGCAUUUACAUCCAAACACGAAACUGCAUUUUAACUGGGAAUUAAAGCCGUUGGGGUUUUCGUUGGUAUUGUUCUUCCAUCAGAGUUGUUUUUUUAAAGGCCUAUAUAAUAGUCACAUAAUAAUUUAAUUAAAGAAAUAACUUGAAACAUUCUGUGCUGUUGGAAUAAUAUUUAAUGAAAAAUUAGUUUGAUUUCUUGCCCUUUUGCAAACAGCAGCAUUUAGUCAUAUUACUGUGUCUACAAUAUAAUAAUAACAGUGUCAUUGUUUUCUUUUAACCUUUAUUUUAAAUUAAGAAUGAUAAAUUAUUAGAUUGCGAUGUUUUUACAGGAUGUUUGUAUACUUUUGCUUUUUAGUGUUUGUAUUUAUUGCAUAGAUUUUGAAAUAUAAAUCUUCAAAUAUAGCUGUCGUCUUGUUUGUGAGUUCAUGAGUGUCGAGUCCGAUCAUUUUCUACCACCGUUGUGUAAAAUGUCAUUUUCCAGCUCUCAUACUCCUGUUCAGUUUUAACGUGUGCCUUUAAAACCUUUGUGAAUGUCUAGAAAUCAACUCUGUAUGCUUGUCUUUUGUCUCUUGCUAUACUUUUAAGAAUCUUGAAUCCCGGACCCGGGUAGAUGAAGGCAUUUGGCUUGAUACACAAUAAACAGAAAGGAGAAUGUUAA